UCACGUGUCCGGGAGGAGCGGCGCGGCGAUUGGCUGCGGGCGCGGCGGGGGGGGGGCGGGGCCGGAGGGGAGCCAUGGCGGCGCUGCGGGUGCUGGUGGGGGUGAAGCGGGUCAUCGACUACGCGGUGAAGGUGCGGGUGCGGCCGGACGGGGCCGGGGUGCAGAGCGAGGGCGUCAAGCACUCGCUGAACCCCUUCUGCGAGAUCGCGCUGGAGGAGGCCGUGCGGCUGCGGGAGCGCGGGGCCGCCCGCGAGGUGCUGGCCGUCAGCGUGGGGCCCCCCGCCUGCCAGGAGACGCUGCGGGCGGCGCUGGCGCUGGGGGCCGACCGGGCGCUGCUGGUGGCCCUGCCCCCCCCCGCGGCGGCCAUCUUGACCCCCUGGGACGUCGCCCGGCUGCUGGCGGCCCUGGCGCGGCGCGAGAGCCCCGACCUGGUGCUGCUCGGCAAGCAGGCCAUCGACGACGACUGCAACCAGACGGGGCAGAUGCUGGCGGCGCUGCUGGACUGGCCCCAGGGGACGUUCGCCUCGCGGGUGGCGGUGGAGGCCGGGGCGGUGCGGGUGGAGCGCGAGGUGGACGGCGGCCUGGAGACGCUGCGGCUGCGGCUGCCGGCCGUGGUGACGGCCGACCUGCGCCUCAACGAGCCGCGCUACGCCACGCUGCCCGCCAUCAUGAAGGCGAAGAAGAAGCGGCUGGAGGAGACGACGGCGGCGGAGCUGGGGGUGACGCUGGGCUCGGGGCUGCGGGUGCUGGCGCUGGCUGAGCCCCCGGCCCGGCAGCCCGGCCGCCGCCUGGAGACCACCGCCGAGCUGCUGGCCCAGCUGCGCCAGAGCGGCCGCCUCUGAGCGGGCCCCGGCGUCCGGGAGGGGCCCCGGCGUCCGGGAGGGGCCCAGGCGUCCGGGAGGGGCCCAGGCGACCAAGUGCCUUGCAGCCCGGCUCUGCACACGUGAGCAUCCCAGUGCCUUCCUGCCUGGGGGCCCAGGCGUCCGGGAUGGGCCCAGGCGUCCGGGACGGGCCCCGAUGUCCAGGAGGGGCCCAGGCGUCCGGGACGGGUCCAGGCCCCCCCAAUAAAACCAUUGGGGUUGA